CGAGAAAAAUAUAUGGUUUAAGUACUGUGUCAGUGGGAGUGACACGAAUCUCCAUCUCUCCGACAUUAAUUCCCUUCGUGCUCAUUCACUUCCCUUGUUGAGAUCGCCCCCUGGAUUCAAAUCCCUACUAAAAUUUCACUCACCACACAAAUCGCAUCCAUAAAUCAUCAAAUCUUGUGCCAUAAUCCAUAUACUCCUUCAAGAAAUGGGCGGAUUCCCUUUGUCCCCAUCAGCCCUCGAUUCGAAAUCAGGGAAGCUCAUACUGUUGGUUCUUCUCGUAAUGACUGCAUCUUUCUAUACCGGAGCCUUUUUCGGCCGCAAUUCUUCAAAUUCUCCAUCAAUACAAUCUCCAUCAUCUUCAGAAACAAUAGAUACUCUUACUUUUAGUAACAAGGUUACUCUCACUCAUCGUAAGUCACCCAUUAUAAUUCCAGAAUCCGGGAUGAACAUAUGCCCUAUAGAAUACAAUGAGUAUAUUCCAUGUCAUGAUCCUUCUUAUAUAAAAGAAAUAACACCAAGUUUAGAUCUUUCCAAACGAGAAGAUUUGGAAAGACAUUGCCCUCCAUUAGAACGACGUUUAUUUUGCUUAAUACCUCCACCACAAGAUUACAAGAUUCCAGUGACAUGGCCAACAAGUCGAGACUACGUAUGGAGAAGCAACGUGAAUCAUACGCGUCUUUCUCAAGUAAAAGGUGGCCAAAACUGGGUGCAUGAAAAGGAUCAACUAUGGUGGUUUCCAGGUGGUGGGACCCAUUUUAAACAUGGAGCUAGUGAAUACAUUCAAAGACUAGGAAAUAUGACAACCAAUGAAACAGGUGAUCUUCGUGCUAAUGGGGUAUAUCAGGUUCUUGAUGUUGGUUGUGGAGUUGCUAGCUUUUCUGCAUAUCUUCUUCCUUUAAAUAUACAAACCAUGUCAUUUGCUCCCAAAGAUGGCCAUGAAAAUCAAAUCCAGUUUGCUUUAGAACGUGGGAUUGGUGCUAUGAUUUCAGCUUUAGCUACAAAACAGCUUCCAUAUCCACGUCAUUCAUUUGAAAUGGUUCAUUGUUCAAGGUGUCGUGUUGAUUGGCAUGAAAAUGAUGGCAUUCUACUAAAAGAAAUAAAUCGACUUCUUCGACCAAAUGGAUAUUUUGUGUAUUCAGCUCCUCCAGCUUAUAGAAAAGACAAGGAUUAUCCUAUUAUCUGGGAUAAGUUAGUGAAGAUAACUUCCGGAAUGUGCUGGAAGCUUAUUGCUAAGAAAGUUCAAACAGCAAUAUGGAUGAAGGAAGUUGAUCAGUCAUGCCUUCAGCACAAUGCAGAGGAGAAAAUUAUAAAUAUAUGUGAUGAUUCUGUAGAUGAUAACACUAAACCCUCAUGGAAAACACCAUUGAGGAACUGUGUUUCAUUGGGCCCCACUUCAGAUCCUCAAAAACUCCCUCCUAUACCACAACGUUAUUCGGUGUAUUCAGAAAGUCUUGAUAAGUUAGGUUUCACACAAGAGAAGUUUCUUUCAGACACCCUUUAUUGGCAUGAUCAAGUUCUUGCUUUUAGUACUUGGCCUGUUUGGGUAAUGAAUGUAGUUCCUUCAACAAUGAACAAUACUUUAUCAGCCAUUUAUGAACGUGGUCUUAUAGGUGCUUUUCAUGAUUGGUGUGAGCCAUUUUCAUCAUAUCCAAGAACAUAUGAUUUGUUGCAUUCAAGCUAUCUCUUUUCUCACUAUGGAAACCAUCAAAAUGGUUGCUUAUUGGAAGAUGUGAUGCUAGAGAUGGAUCGUCUUAUACGACCUCAGGGUUUUAUUAUUAUCAGAGAUGAUGAAUCCAUUAUAUCUAGAAUAAGAGAUAUUGCUCCCAAGUUCCUAUGGGAAGUUAAUUUGCAUAAACUAGAAAAUCAACAAAAGCAAUCAGAAUCCGUGUUAAUUUGCCAAAAGAAGUUCUGGACAAUCGUCUAAUUUAACAUUCACAUGUUCGAGUUCUCAAAUUCAACGAUUAGAAUUCUCAUAAACAUGUUUAAAUUAUUGUAGAUAUUUGUUUAUGUUUUCUGUAAAUUCUUGAUGUUCUUAACCAAAGGAUAUAGACACCUGCUAAUGUUAGUCAUGAGUUUCAGAGGGUUGAUAGGGGAUUAGGGUUCAACAGUGUGUGUGAAGUUUUGGAAUGGGACAACUGUUUGAUCUGUGUACUAUCCUUUAUAAUCAUUUGGUAGUGAUUGGUAUCAUGGAAUCGGGAAAAACUGGAAUCAUUUAUUAGAUUGGCGUGAAAGAA